AGAAGCAAUGGGUCUCAGGUGGCUGUUCGUCUUCUUCCACCUCUUGCUCUUCUGCCUGCUUCCAGUUCUUGGCUCUGCUGAUGCGCAGGGCAUGCAGACCUACAUUGUGCAGCUGCGUCCGCGUGAAGCUGGUUCGAGCGGCGAUCAGGCGAUGCUCGCCUCGAAGAUGCAUUGGCAUCUCUCCUUCCUUGAGAAGUCCGUGCCAUGGGAGGGGGAGGAGAAGCGGCCGUCGUCGCGUCUGCUAUAUUCUUACCACACCGUGUUUGAUGGCUUCGCGGCGCAGCUCUCGGAGGAGGAGGCGGCGGCGCUGCGGGAGCUGCCGGGCGUCGCGUCGGUGCGGGCGGACCGCCGGGUUGAGCUGCACACGACGUACUCGUACAAGUUCCUGGGGCUCAACUUCUGCCCGACGGGCGCGUGGGCGCGGUCCGGGUUCGGCGGUGGCACGAUCAUCGGCGUGCUCGACACCGGCGUGUGGCCGGAGAAUCCCAGCUUCGAUGACCGCGGGAUGCCGCCGGUUCCGGCGCGGUGGCAGGGCGUGUGCCAGGGAGGGGAGCAUUUCAACGCCACCAACUGCAACCGGAAGCUCAUCGGCGCGCGGUUCUACUCCAAGGGCCACCGCGCCAACUACCCGACCAACCCGUCGGACGCCGUGUCGCUGAUGGAGUACGUGUCGCCGCGGGACGCGCACGGGCACGGGACGCACACAGCGUCGACGGCCGCCGGCGCGUCCGUUGCCGGUGCCAGCGUCCUGGGAGUCGGGGCCGGCGAGGCGCGCGGCGUGGCUCCCGCCGCGCACGUCGCGGCCUACAAGGUGUGCUGGUUCAACGGGUGCUACAGCUCCGACAUCCUCGCCGGGAUGGACGACGCCGUGCGCGACGGCGUCGACGUGCUGUCCCUCUCCCUCGGCGGCUUCCCCAUCCCGCUCUUCGAGGACAGCAUCGCCAUCGGCAGCUUCCGUGCCACGUUGCGUGGCGUCUCCGUCGUGUGCGCCGCCGGGAACAACGGGCCAUCGCCGAGCUCCGUCGCCAACGAGGCGCCAUGGGUGAUCACCGUCGGCGCCGCCACGCUGGACCGGCGCUUUCCGGCAUAUGUCCGUCUCGGGAACGGCCGGAUCCUGUACGGUGAGUCCAUGUACCCCGGGAAAGUCGAUUUGAAAAAUGGCGGGAAGGAGCUCGAGCUGGUGUACGCCGCCGGUGGGACCCGGGAGGAGAUGUACUGCAUCAAGGGGGCCCUCCCUGCCGCCGCUUUCGCCGGAAAGAUGGUCGUGUGUGACCGUGGCAUCACCGGCCGGGCGGACAAAGGCGAGGCAGUAAAAGAAGCAGGAGGCGCGGCCAUGAUUCUCGCGAAUUCCGAGAUAAACCAGCAAGAAGACUCCGUCGACGCGCAUGUCCUGCCGUCGACGCUCAUCGGCUACAGGGAGGCCGUCGAGCUCAAGAAUUACAUCAGCUCGACGCAGCGGCCGGUGGCGAAGAUAGUGUUCGGUGGCACGCGGAUCGGGCGAGCACGCGCGCCGGCGGUGGCGCUGUUCUCCGCGCGCGGGCCGAGCCUGACGAACCCGUCGGUGCUCAAGCCUGACGUGAUCGCCCCCGGCGUGAACAUCAUAGCCGCGUGGCCGGGCAACCUCGGCCCGUCGGGGCUGGAGGACGACGGCCGGCGGUCAAACUUCACGGUGCUCUCGGGGACAUCAAUGGCAUGCCCUCACGUGAGCGGCAUCGCGGCGCUCAUCAGGUCGGCGCACCCGUCAUGGAGCCCGGCGAUGAUACGCUCCGCUAUCAUGACGACCGCCGACGUGACCGACCGGCAGGGCAAGCCGAUCAUGGACGGCGACGGCGGCAAGGCCGACGCGUACGCCAUGGGCGCCGGGCACGUGAACCCGGCGAGGGCCGUCGACCCGGGCCUCGUCUACGACAUCGACCCGGCCGACUACGUCACCCACCUCUGCACCCUCGGAUACACCCACAUGGAGAUCUUCAAGAUCAGCCACGCCGGCGUCAACUGCACCGCCGUGCUGCAGCGGAACGCCGGCUUCAGCCUCAACUACCCCUCCAUGUCGGUGGCGUUCAAGACGAACGCCACGUCGGCGGUGCUCCAGAGGACGGUCACCAACGUCGGCACGCCGAACUCGACGUACACCGCGCACGUCGCCGCGCCGCACGGCGUCAAGGUCAGGGUCUCGCCGACGGCGCUGACGUUCUCGGAGUUCGGAGAGAAGAAGAGCUUCCGGGUGACCCUCGACGCGCCCGCGCCGCGGGACAACGCGGAGGGGUACCUAGUGUGGAAGCAGAGCGGUGGGCAGGGGAAGCACCGCGUGAGGAGCCCCAUUGCCGUGACAUGGGUGGUCGACUAGCCAUUAGCAAACUGCUACUUGCAUCUCGCCAGUAGUGACACCAUUGGCAGAAACUAGUUUGAACUGAAGCAUAAAGUGAGGGAGAUCUUGUCCCUGAAAUUAGCAGCAUCGGAAGCUGAAUUUGCCCUGUCUGAAUGUGGAGUUACUGUUCAAGUGUAACA